GUUUUAGUCUUGUCUGCCACCCAGUGGACCAGAUUUGGUUUGGUUCAUGGCUCCCUUCCUCAGACCAUCUACCUGGACUUGGGUCCUCCUGGAAGGUGCUCUCUGGCUCUCUGUGCUCUGUUCACUGUUGUCUUCUGUCUGCUGUUCCCAUGGUCCACCCAAAUGGCGCUUCUCUACCUCUGAAGUUGUGAUCCCCAGGAAGGUUCCCCAGAGAAUGGGUAAAAGUGAUAUGUCAGGGCAAAUCACCUAUAGCAUGCGCUUUAGGGGACAAAGACAUGUGGUCCACAUGAAACUCAAGAAGAACAUGAUUUCUCAAAACUUUCCUGUAUAUACUUCUAAUGACCAAGGAGCCCAGCAAGAGGAUUACCCCUUUGUCCCUCAGGACUGUUACUUCUACAGCUACCUGGAAGGAGUCCCUGGGUCCCAAGCUACACUAGAUACCUGCACUGGAGGUCUGAAAGGCAUGAUACGGGUGGAUGACUCCACUUAUGAAAUCAAACCAUUGACAUCUUCUUCCAAAUUUGAGCAUGUAAUUUCUCUACUUGUGGUGGAUGAAAGGUCACGUAAGUCUAAAAAGUGUAGAAAUGAUGAGAUUAUGGCAGAGGCAGGUGACCCCCUUGAAGAGACUAAGCUUGCAGGAAGUCCCAGAGCAGCUCCCGUAUAUCUGUGGCGUAUACAUGUGAAAAAUAUAGCAAUAAUGUACACUGUGACUCACGCAUUAUUCAUACAAGUAGGGCACAACCAAACCACCUCACUUGAGUUAGUAUUGAUUAUGAACAGCAUAGCAGAUAGCAUAUAUAGACCAAGUGGUUUGAUUGUGUUUGCACGUGCUAUAUGUAUUUGGAACAAACAGGACAACUUCAAUAUAACAGAAUAUAGUGACAGUGUUAUAAAACUUAUGGAACAGUUUGGGUAUUGGAAAUCUACAUUUUAUUGGGAUUUUCCACACGCCACUUCAGCUCUUCUCUCAGGAACGAAAUAUGGAAACAAAGAUUAUGCAGCCUUUCAGAAUGGAUUAUGUAACCCCAACUGGGGAGUUUUAUAUACACAUGUAGGAAAAAACCAUUUUUUUCUGGCUGCAUCUUUAAUGUCUCAUGCAGUGGGUCACAUUUUCAAUAUAGGACAUGAUAAACCUGGCUGUGUUUGUUUCAGAAGGAGCAGUUGUGUCAUGAGUGAAUUUCCUACUCUUCUGGACAUGAUGAGCAAUUGUUCCCAUCAUAAUCUACAUGAGAAGAUCAUUGGUUGGGACGCUUGCUUGAGUCAACCGCGGGUUGCAUAUAAGAAUUUCAAAUAUGCAGUUCCUCGUUGUGGAAAUAAGGUAGUGGAUGACAAUGAGCAAUGUGACUGUGGUACUUUAAAAGACUGUCUCUCUAAUCACUGUUGUGGAACCAAUUGUCAGUUAAUUGGGAGCAGCACUUGUGCUGAAGGACUUUGUUGUCAAUCUUGUAGGUUUGCACCCACUGGAAAGGUAUGCAGGCACACGAAUGGCAUUUGUGAUCUUCCAGAAUACUGUAGUGGAGUCUCAGAGCAUUGCCCACAAAAUUUCUACAUCAUGGAUGGAACCCCUUGUUCUCCACUAGCAGUCUGCAUGUCAGGAAACUGUAGCGACCGCCAAUUGCAGUGUCAAGCUCUUUUUGGAUACCAUGUAAAGGAUGCUUCACCAGCAUGCUAUAAAGAAUUAAAUACCAAAGGUGACCGAUUUGGAAACUGUGGGGUUAGAGAGGUACGUGGAGGAAGUAAACCUCUCGCAUGUCAAGAGGAGGAUAUUUUCUGUGGACAGAUUCACUGUGACGGUGUCAAGUUCGUUCCUGGUGGAGGUGAGCACACUACCUUUCAUCACAUAAAGGUAAUGGAUGUUAAAGAAGAACAGUGCUUUGGGUAUGAUGCACACCAUGGGACAGAACUUCCGGAAAUGGGACUUGUAUUGGAUGGUGCAAAUUGUGGCCCUGGCAAAUUCUGUAAAGCUCAAAAAUGUGUUAUUCACACAGAGUUGAAUUUUCACUGCAACAUUACUCAGUGUAACUAUAAAGGGGUGUGUAACAACAAAGGCAACUGUCACUGUGUUCCAGGAUUUCAACCACCACAUUGUAUACAAAGAGGAACAGGUGGUAGUGUAAACAGUGGCCCUCCGGCUACCUUUCAGGAAAAACUUCGAGCUGAAAUACAUGUGAGUAUCAACAGGCUAAUAAUUAUUAUAGGUACUCGCAUCCUUCUUAUCUUGGCUUCAGUUCUUUUUGGUGCGCUUUUCAGAGCACUAAUGCUAGAGACUGAAAAAAAGAAAAAAAAGACCCAACAUCCAACUAUUAACAAAUAAUUGACUUCAUCCCAAACUAAUUGGAGCCACACAAUGGACAAAAUCCAUGUCCAUCGAUGAUGUCUCCUGACAUUCGUGCAACCAUUCACAAAUCUGAGAAUUUCAUCUUGAAAUAAAAUCACUGGGGAACUAG